AUGCCUUCAUUCAAAAGAAAGAGAGCACCAACCUCUCGAUCCCCAAUCACGCCGCAUACAUUGGGACGACCCGGCCUUGGGACAUCAUCAGGUCGAGCACCUAGCAUUUCGAGUGGCCCUCCUCAAACCCCAAGAGUCUCAUUAGCAAGCCAACUGCGAACUCCUUUCACAUCAGAGAUCAGGGCAGAGAUCGAGCCCACGAGAGUUGAUGACUUCGACGAUCAUGUCAUCGCAGCUAUUGACACCAAGGAACACAAUACUGUUGGCUGUGCCUACUAUUCAGCCGAAGAGGAGAAAUUGUACCUUCUCGGUGAUACUCGAUUGGGUGGAAUGGAGACGGUGGAUGCAUGUCAGUCAAGCUAUUCCGCGACACCUCCUGAGGCUAAUCGGUCUUCAGUGCUUGCCCAGAUAAAGCCUACAGUGGUGUUGGCACCACCUCGAGUCGAUCUUGACCCCCAAAGCCCGAGUCAGAACCUCGCACAAGAAGAUGUUUCUUCGACAUAUCUUCCUUACCAAAUUGACAUUCGUCCAACGGCAGAGUUCAGCCAUUCGAAUGCCGAGAGCAAGAUCCUUGCACUUGAUAUCUCAUCGACACAUGAAGACCGCAUUCGAUUCUUCGUCCCGCAAAAUGGCCUUGCCGGACCUGAAGAAGUGGAUUCCGAAGAGAUGGGAUUCACACUCAGAGAAGGACGACUGUUGCAUAUUUCCAGCUCUGUCGACAUGGAAAACCCUGUGACUAUCGGUUGCGUAGGCGCCAUACUCACAUAUCUGCAGCGGAGAAGAGCCGUAGCAUCGACUGCUUUGGGAGAAGCAAGCGAGUAUCGAGUUCGAGCGCUGCAGAUGUUCAAUCUGCAUGAUACUAUGUGGAUCAACAGUAACACAUUUGCUUCCCUUCAAAUCAUCCAGUCAGAGUCUCACCCGAACAUGUUCAACCAAGGCCCAGGCAACAAAUCGGCUUCGGGUAAAGAGGGUCUUUCUGUCUACGGCCUCUUCCAGCACUUUGCUUACACGACUCAAGGUCGGGCCAAGCUCAAGCAAAGCUUCUUUCGUCCGAGUGUGGAUCUAGUCACUAUUCGAGGACGACAUGAUUUCAUUACAGUCUUUUCAAGGCCGGACAAUCUUUCUGCCUUGGAAAAGAUCACGAAAGCUCUGAAGCAUAUCAAGAAUCUGAGGCCCGUCAUGGUUAAUCUACGAAAAGGAAUAAGUACUGGCAGUGGUAAGAUCACAGGGUUCAAAACUACAGUUUGGGCUAGUCUUCUUGCUGUUGAUAUCGACAACUCCGAAGAGCAAGGAAGAACCGUUGUCAAGCAAGGAAUUGACAGAGAUCUUGAUCAAACCAAAGACAGAUACGAUGGCCUGAACAGUCUUCUCAAGCAUGUUGCUCUCGAUAUUGCCGCGACUAUUCCGAACGACUUGAAUGUCGAUGUCAACGUCAUUUACUUCCCUCAGCUGGGGUUCAACAUCGCAAUUCCACUCAACGAUCAUGGAAUUGCGGCAUAUGCAGGCUCAAACAAUGAGUGGGAAAUGAUGUUUCUCACAGAGAAUCGUGCUUACUUCAAAGACUUUCAUAUGAGAGAGAUGGACGAGAAACUGGGUGACAUCUACAGUCUCAUUUGCGAGAAAGAGAUUGAGAUCGUCUACGACCUAGCCCAAAAGAUCCAGCGUUACGAAGAUGUGCUUGUAGAUGCUUCGGAUGUUUGUGGAGAGAUUGACAGGCAAGUCGUGAAGGAAUAG